AUGGAGUCUGGGAAGUCGUUCACUUUGUGCCAGCUGGAAGCUUGGUCAGCUGAGUAUAAGGUUAGGAGAGGUGCUACGCGGACUCUUGAGGUGGAGGAAAUUGAUAAAAAUGAUGACAGUUGUGGGCUGGGUGGUGAUGGUGGUGAGUUGAUUUGCUGUGAUAAUUUCCCCUCAACUUUUCAUCUAACAUGCUUAUGUGUACAGUGCUCUUGUUGGAUUUGUGGGAAUGUGGUUAAUGAUAACGAGGCUUCAAGUUUGGAUGGCCUGAAAUGUUUGCAAUGUGAACAUAAAUACCAUGAGGAAUGUCAUGGAGAAACCAAAAUAGAAAGAGAAUUGAUGUGGUUCUGUGGGAAAGCUGCAAGGAGAUUUAUUCCGGGCUUCAUUUCCAGAUUGGAAUUAUGA